CCACUGGAAAAGUAAUAUGCGUUCUUUUCCAUCCAUGGAUGCCAUCACCUCUGCUGGUUAUGCUGCUGCUGCUGAGCUGGCACACUGCUGGUCCCUUCUUGGCCCCACCGGAUUGGUCAUCACGUGCCGGAUGAAAUGCAACCGUGGUGUAAAAAGCAGAAAGCCAUCGCCCGCAUAAAUGUCGACUAAAAUUUAGACAACAAUGCUCCCUUCGACUAGCCUACCGACUACUCACGACAUGUCCAUGCAUUUCCCCCCGAACCAAUAGAGAGAUACAACGAGCGCCGCAGCUAAUACUCUGCCUGUGCGUCACUAGGCGCUUUUUACUACCUCCAACUGAUAGCACUUCUUAUCGCGCCGAACGGAGUAUAAAAAUAGUAGUAAGUUGCGGCUGGCAAAAUUGUUCCGAUUCGGAGUCGGAUUCGGAGGCCGCGGCAUUCUCGGGCAUGGCAACGGUCCUAGAGCAUGACUCAUGCGCGGCGGAUGACGCCGAUGCCGCCGGAAUCGCCGCCAUUUUCAGCGCCUUCGCGCUUCCCUUUCCGUCAUCGUCGUCAUUCCCGUCGUCGACGUCAUUUUCGUCGCGUGACCGGCGUCGGACGUCCCUCGCCGCCGACUCCGAGUCGGACACAUUGAAGCGUCGCGGUUCGACCGCCGCCGCCGUCGCCGGCGCCGACAUCUCAUGCGAUGAGAUCAUGUCAGCCGCCGCGGCGACCCACCUCCGCAGCAGCGCAGCGGCUGCAGGUCAUGAUGAUCAUGGUAUCCUCAACAGCUCGCCGGCGUUCUAUCGCAACCACCGCCGCGGUGCCGGUCGCCGCCGCGGUGUCUCUCUCUCGUUACCUCGAUGCGCCGCCGUCGCCGCCCGCCCCUCUCUCGACCAUAACCCGCGCUCACUACCACCCGGCGGCGGUAGCGAUUCACUGCCGUCCGUCGGCAGCAGCAGCAGCAGCGGCGUCGCCACGGCGGUCGCCACAGGCUCGGUUUCGUCGCCGUCGUUCUUCUCCCCGUCGCACACGCGCGCGUCGAUCGCGCUCUCUCGCACUAGCAGGCUGAGCCUAAGCAGAGGCAGGCUCUCGGGGGUGUUGGACUCAAGCUGUGACUCAAACUAUGACUCCAACGCCGCAUCGACUUUCGACGCCCGACGAAACCCUGACGAUUGGAGGCUCUCUUUUGCGGACCCCGGGGUUUUCGCCGCAGGCAGCGGCCGUGGCAGCGGGGGGGAGCAGAGGGAUUCAAUGGACUUUUUUGCGUCCUACUACGCCGAGAACUGUGAUGGACUAUCAAUGAUGGAGUCCGAGAGCGAUAUUGGCUUCUUCUCCCCAACGCACCGGCGCUGUUCGUCGGACACACUGCGUCUGAUGCCACCUCGGCUCGACUCCCAGUGUAACGCCCCACAUUCAGGCGACCACCCUGGGUCACCCAAGGCCUGGGGCACGCCGAGCCAACAGAGCCAUCAGAGCCAUCAGAGCCAUCAGAGCCAUCAGAGCCAUCAGAGCCAUCAGAGCCAUCAGAGCCAUCAGAGCCAACAAAGCCCUUCGGUUUAUGCCGUCAGAGAUUCCGCCGCCACCAGUCUUGGCUCUGAUGGUAGCACAAAGGCUCCAACGCCAGCUGCUUUACCGAUUCGGGCUGCGACGGGUGGUGGGAAGAAGGGAGGACGAACUAGCAGGGCGUUGUCGGACCCAUGGACGUACUCAUCGGGGCAACAUUACCCUGACUUGUGCUCCUCAGGUGAUUCCAAAGCUGCUGAGGGUGGCGAGAGAAGGGAAGGCGGCACAGCGCCUCGGCUUGUGCGGGAUGCUGCUGUGGCUGCUGCUUUUGAUUCCACAAUGGAAGCAGGUAGUGCUGUGACUAGGGAACAUGAGUGCGGUACCUUGCAUGCGAGGAGCACAUGGGAGGCCAGCUCCAGCGAGGGAUCACAGGAUGGGGCGGCACGUCCAGUCAUCAGGGCAAGUGGAGACCUCUUUGGUCCCAGUCAUGCUGACGUGGCAGUCCAUGGCGUGGCAAAUGUGAGGCUGGAUAUGUUGAGCUCGUGCUCCACGUCCUCCUCUCGUUCGAGAAGCCCAUCAUGGAAGGGGAGCUCUCCAGGAUUUGGUGUGACGAAACGUUGGCCAUGGAAAGCCCGUAAGGCAGGAGGCAGUGUUCGUGACAUGAAUGGUGAGGUCCGGGUAGGCUUCAGUGGGCUUUGCUUGUGUAAACACGGCCUUAGGAAGCUAUUGGCACCCCUAGCUAGGAGAUAGUGUCAGAAGCGAAACAUGAGAAUGUUGUAGACAGAGGACGCCUAGGAGCACGAUUCUGAAACGCGUGAUGUGAUGAUUUGCAUGAUUUUGAGGUGUGCACACAAAAUACGGACCAAUUUAG